AUGGCGCAAGCAUCCCCAGCCCAGCUAUUCAAUACAUCGUGGACUCUGCACCGUCUUUCCCCCCUCCACCACGGAAAAGACUGCGAGACACUCCUGAACAACCCAACCGCAUUGAAAGUCUAUGCGACACGAUUACGCGACCAAUUGACAGGCGACGUGCUCGCUGGUCUCCAUGCGACCGCAACCACAGCAGAAAAUGAUGUGCUGUCAAAAGCAGGCGCUCUCAAAAACUGCCAGUGGCUUCCAAUCUCCACAGAGUCCCAGUCCAACGGACACGCCACUUUUCCGGGGAUUCUGAUCACGCUGGAAUAUGAGAAUAUCACAUAUAAAGCUGCUUUACUUGCAGGACCAGAGGCAGACGCGGAAUCCCGCCCAGAUGGUCAACAUGAGGGCUCAACUUCACUUCCAUUGCUGAUGACGAAAUUCCCAAGUGCUCUGCGACAGACCUUUCUCUCAUUCUUAUCGGCUAAUUUCGACACCUACUGUUCAACCCUUCAUCUGCCAUCGAGUUUUCUGUGCUCUGGAAUGGAGUCUUUCAUAGACAGUCUGCGGGGCACAGGCUCACGAACUACUACGAACGAUGCCAUCGUUGAAGAAGUCGUCAAAGAUCUCCAACUCACCCUUGCAUUUUCACAAUCGAUUGCGCCAGCACUGCGCUCUUUGAACGUCAAUAUUUCUCGAGCCUCACUGAAGCAAUUCUUGAGUGUAGAUGGCGGGAAAUCGAAGGGCCGCACUCUCAAACAGAAGCUCCGUAGCCCCUUCAUUCCAAAUCUAACCUCUUAUUUGGAAACGCAUCUCGCAAUGAAAUUAGACCUGGAUGGCUCGGCUCAGACCCAGGGGGCUGAACGACAUGUCCGGUUGUCGAAAGUUGCGUGUGCUGCUUUCGCGUUGGGAAUUGAUGGGCGGAUGAAGUUGACUGUCGCCGAUCAGGUCGAUGAUGACGAAGGGAUAUCACCUGCUCAACAGGCAUGUGAAAUUUUGCUCCAGGCGACGAUUCGCAAGGUUGUUGUUGGGAAUCAAGCGGCGACAUGA